UGAUAUUUAUUUAUUCACGUGCUUAUCAGUUGUUUUUUGCACUCUCCAAGUUAAGAUCUAUUUUUUUUGGCAAUGCAGAACGCCAAGAGUGGAAAGCCAGCGUCCUUCAAAUACGGACCAGCUGUCCGGAUCGGAAUUGCUGUCCUUGUGCUUCACACGGUGGGCUGGUUGGGCUGGAAGGCCGUAAAUCAGGGAGCGGACUCCAAAGAGGCGGCCAAAACAGCAAAUGCCAAGCAAGAAGAACUGCGAGCGGCUCUACAACAAAAGUGACGUAAUAAGGAGAAACAAUUGUAAUACUACAUAUUAAUUAUAAUUUAAUAUAUGUAGGUAAAAAUAAGAAAAGACUGAAUGGUUUAUAAUUAAAGAAAAGCAUGAUAAUAGCAGCUUAUAAAAAGCUUUUUUAUAUAAAGCCAAAAAUAAAAAAUACCAAACAUCUGAUCAAAAUUAAAACCAGAAAUAUAAAUUUCCAUGUAUUUAUAAAAAAUAAAUUGGUAAAUAAAUAAAAAUGAAAAUACUUUAAAUAGAAAUUAAAAGUUAAAAGAUAGUAAACAAAAAUCUUACAAUGAAUAAAUGAUAUAGCAUAUAAAGAGCAGUAUUUACUCUCUCGGUUUCGCCAAAAGCUUUCUGGCUUCAUGUUUUCAAAUAAAAGCCAGGCUUUUUUGGAGCUGGGCUUAGUUGCAUUGAUUCUGAACCCCGGAACAGAAGCUAUAAUACUCUCAGAAGCCUAAAAUGUUAGCCAGAUUGAUUCUCCUCAUUGGACUGCUAAUGCUAAGCUGGCAAUGGGUGAUUGCCAUGCCCCCUCAUUCUCCUGGGGUCCCAAAGGGUCAUCCCCCACUCCCUACGGACAACAACACCUAUUUCGUGCAGUCUAUCUUAGAAACUCAUCCCAAUUGCCGGGACGGAACUCAUCUAACAUCCAACAACAGGUGCCGAGCAAAUGCGUAGACCAAUUGGCAAGAUGUUUGGAAACCAACGAACAAAAAUGAGCAAUAAUAUAAUAUUAUUUUAUAUUAUGAUAAAAUAAAUUUAAAAAGUUUAUUAACUUAAAGCUUAAAAUCAAUAAACAAAGUGUGUGUCUUAAAAA